CUAAAAUAUGCAGUUUUAUCUUGAAAAAAGACUAUGCACUGAACAAUGGAUUUCACAUGACUGGGGAUACAGAUGCAUCUUUUGGGAAUUGGAACAUGCUGUCCUACAUGCUGAUCCAGAGCAUCCCAAACAUGCUCAAUGGGUGACAUGUCUGGUGAUUUUGCUCAUCAUCUCCCACCACUUCCUCCUCCCGUCUUCCAUUCAUGAGCAGCGUGGCUGAGUUUAACAGCGGCAGCCAUGGAUGACAAGGGCUCGGUGGGGAAGAUUAGCGUGUCUUCGGACUCAGUGUCCACUCUCAACAGUGAGGACUUUGUCCUUGUGUCCCGGCUGGGGGACGAGACACCCUCCUCCACUAAUAAUGGUAGUGAUGACGAAAAGACAGGACUGAAGGUGAUUUCAGAGGAAGGGGUCAGCUUUAAGAUUGUGGGGAAUGGAAGUGAGCAGCAACUCCAGAGGGAGUUAGAGGAUGUCCUCAUGGACCCGUCGGUAGCUGACACUGGGUUCGGACCAGAAACAGGAAUGGACAGCCUCGGUGGGGGCGACCAUGGCCUUCUUCCCACUACAGCCUCACCUGUACCGCCAGGCUCUGACCCUCUAAGCGCACCCCCGGCCAAAGUGGAGAUGGUACUCCCAGUUCAGACGGCUCAGGAGAGUGAGCUGAAUGAGAGGUCGUAUCGAGCAGAUGAAUCAUCAUCAGACGGCAGUCCUAGCAGUCCCAUCCCAGAUGAGGACAGCGUCGUCUUCAGCCAGCUGACAUAUCUGGGGUGUGCCUCGGUCAACGCCCCCCGCAGUGAGGUGGAGGCCCUCCGUAUGAUGAGCAUCCUCAGAGGGCAGUGCCAACUCCCCCUGGACGUCACGCUGUCUGUGCCAGGAGUGUCUGAGGGCACUGUCAGGUUGUUGGACCCCCACAGCAGUACAGAGAUCGCCAACUACCCUAUCUAUAAGAUUCUGUUCUGUGUGCGAGGCCACGAUGGCACACCAGAAAGCGACUGCUUUGCCUUCACGGAAAGCCACUACAAUGCUGAGAUCUUCAGGAUCCAUGUGUUCCGCUGCCAAAUCCAAGAGGCGGUGAGUAGGAUACUAUACAGCUUCGCCACAGCAUUUCGGCGGUCAGCUAAGAAGGCAGUUCUGUCAUCUCAGCAGGCUGCUCCACUCACCCCUGACAGUGACUUGUUUACCUUCACCGUCAGCCUGGAAAUCAAGGAGGAUGACGGCAAGGGUACUUUCAGUGCCGUAGCAAAAGACAAGGACAAGCAGAGCUUCAAGCUGCGUGCAGGAAUGGACAAGAAAAUUGUCAUUUAUGUCCAGCAGACCUCCAAUAAGGAGCUGGCUAUUGAGAGGUGUUUUGGUCUCCUGCUCAGCCCAGGGAAAAAUGUGAAGAACAGUGACAUGCACCUGUUAGACCUGGAGUCAAUGGGAAAGAGCUCUGACGGGAAGUCUUACAUCAUCACAGGAAGUUGGAACCCCAACACGCCUCAGUUCCAGGCUGUGAAUGAGGAAACGCCCAAAGAUAAAUUCAUGUACAUGACGACAGCAGUGGACCUGGUGAUCACAGAGGUGGAGGAGCCAGUCCGUUUUCUGCUGGAGACGAGGGUCAGAGUGUGCUCCCCAAAUGACAGGCUGUUCUGGCCCUUCAGCAAGCGUAGCUACACUGAGACCUUCUACCUUAAACUACGACAGAUGGAGCGUAAGGAGCGUAAAAGUCCUGCCUCUGACACACUGUAUGAGGUGGUGAGUUUGGAAAGCGAGACUGAGAGAGAGAAACGGAAGACCACAGCGAGUCCUGGCAUUCUGCCCAGUGGGCCUGGGAGCAUGGUUCCUUCACCACCUGAGGAUGAUGAAGAGGAAGAUAAUGAUGAGCCUUUACUCAGUGGGUCAGGUGAUGUUUCCAAGGAGUGCGCAGAGAAGAUCUUGGAGACCUGGGGAGACUUGUUAUCCAAGUGGCAUAUGAACUUAUCAGUGCGUCCCAGGCAGCUGCCAGCUCUGGUGCGGAGUGGCAUCCCCGAGGCUCUCCGCGGGGAGGUGUGGCAGCUCCUGGCAGGUUGCCAUAACAAUGACCACCAGGUCGAGGAGUACCGCACUCUUAUUACAAAGGAAUCCCCUCAGGACAGUGCCAUCACCAGGGACAUUAACAGGACAUUCCCAGCUCAUGACUACUUCAAAGACACUGGAGGAGAUGGACAAGACUCCCUCUAUAAGAUCUGCAAGGCGUACUCUGUGUACGAUGAGGAGAUUGGCUACUGCCAGGGACAAUCUUUCUUGGCUGCUGUGCUGCUGCUGCACAUGCCAGAGGAGCAGGCUUUCAGUGUGCUGGUCAAGAUCAUGUUUGAUUACGGGCUCAGGGACCUUUUCAAGCAGAACUUUGAAGAUCUGCAUUGCAAGUUCUUCCAACUUGAGAGACUCAUGCAGGAAUAUAUUCCAGAUCUAUACAACCAUUUCCUGAAUGUGGGUCUGGAGGCUCAUAUGUACGCCUCUCAGUGGUUCCUCACCCUUUUCACAGCCAAGUUCCCUCUUUACAUGGUCUUCCAUAUCAUUGACCUGUUACUGUGUGAGGGCAUCAGCGUGAUAUUCAAUGUAGCCUUGGCACUUCUGAAGACAUCAAAAGACGAUUUGAUCCAAACUGACUUCGAGGGUGCGCUCAAAUUCUUUCGUGUCCCGGUUCCGAAAAGGUACCGUUCUGAGGAAAAUGCAAAGAAACUGAUGGAGCUGGCCUGUAGCAUGAAGAUCAGCCAGAAGAAACUGAAGAAAUUUGAGAAGGAGUACCACACCAUGAGGGAGCAGCAGGAGCAGCAGGAGGCCCCCAUCGAGAGAUACGAGCGGGAGAACCGUCGUUUGCAAGAGGCUAACAUGCGUUUGGAGCAGGAGAAUGACGACCUGGCACAUGAACUAGUCAGCAGCAAGAUUGCCCUGCGCAAAGACCUCGACAACGCUGAGGAGAAGGCAGACGCCUUGAAUAAAGAGUUGCUGCUGACCAAACAGAAACUGGUGGACUCAGAGGACGAGAAGAGACGAUUGGAGGAAGAGUCUGCACAGCUGAAGGAGAUGUGCAGACGAGAGCUCGAUAAGUCUGAAUCAGAGAUUAAGAAGAACGGAUCCAUUAUCGGAGAAUAUAAGCAGAUCUGCUCCCAGCUGAGCGAACGACUGGAGAAACAACAGACAGCCAACCGAGGAGAACUGGAGAAAAUUCGGUCCAAAGUGGAAGGCUGUGAAAAGUGCAGCAGUCUUUUCAACAAAGAAGGUCGUGUGCGGGCCGCCGUGACCACAGCGCCUUCUGGGGGGAGCGAGGAGAUGGAUGAGGAGAAGGAGGGUUUGAAGAACCAGCUGAGGGAGAUGGAGCUGGAACUAGCCCAGACUAAACUGCAGCUGGUGGAGGCUGAGUGCAAAAUCCAGGACUUGGAGCACCAUCUGGGUCUGGCCCUCAACGAGGUGCAGGCCGCCAAGAAGACCUGGUUCAACCGAACGCUCAGCUCCAUCAAGACCGUCACUGGGACCCAGGGCAAGGAGACCACCUAACCUGAUAUUCCCCCCAACACCCCAUCACCUAGUUUUACCCAGACCAUGUCUGGAGCUCAGUGCUACUCACCACGCUGAAACCUCUGGACCCCUAACUUAACCCACCGGGCCAUAACUUUAACUUGAACAUUGACUGUUAAGUCCCAGGAUGACCAUUACUACUGGACUGCGUUAGUUGUCCCUCUUAUAAAAAAAUGUCCUUGUGUUUCCUUCGUCCCCGCCCUUCCUGAUCUAAUCACCCCCCCCCCCCCCC